AUGUCCUUGUCUCUUGAAGAUCGGCUCAGGCUGGCAGUCAUGGACGAUGAGCUGGCAGAGUUCCUGAAGGCAAAUCCACUGCCCCAAAUAAAUACAGCCGAUCCCUCCAAGGCCAUUGCAGGGCUGAGAAUGUACAUGACAAGCCAAUAUAAGCCGCCGAGUCACGAAACCAAUGUAGUUGAACGCGACAUCUACUUUGCCAACCGUGACGGGCUUCAACUACGUGCCUAUGUUUUUGCACCUAAGGAGGCCCCGGCAAAACCCAUGCCUCUGGUGGUUUACAUCCAUGGCGGAGGAUGGACUAUUGGAUCUCCGGAAGAUACAGCGACCCCGUGCCGGAGAUUGGUUGAAUCGCUAAGUGUAACUUGCAUCGCGCCUGCGUACCGACAGGGCCCUGAAGAUCCAUUUCCAGCUGGCAUAAACGAUGCCUGGGAUGGAUUGAAGUGGAUUGCAGCAAAUGCCGAGGCCGAGUUAGGCGUAUUAUUGUCAAGCGGCUUCGUCGUUGGCGGCUCUUCUGCAGGUGGCAAUAUGUCCGCAGUCCUUACCCAUCUUGCCCGCGACGAAGGCCUGUCUCCAAAGAUAACGGGCACAUUUCUACUGGCCCCAAUGAUUUUACCCCCAGGGACAAAGGUGGCGUUACCUGACCAAUUCAAAGACAUUUACCUAUCUCGCACUCAAGAGGCUUGUAAGGACGACCCAGUUCUUUCGCCAGCCCUUGAAAAGAUUUUCAACGUUUCGGCAAAGGGUGACGAACAAUCUCCAAUGUUCGUGCCGUACAUCUGGCCGACUGGACACCAAGGACUGCCAAAAACAUACUUCCAAGUCUGUGGAAUGGAUAUCCUUCGCGAUGAGGAUUUCAUCUAUGAGCAAGUCCUAGCCGAAAAUGGUGUGGAGACAAAGUUCGAUCUCUAUCCUGGCAUGCCUCAUAUUUUCUGGGGCACUUUCCCCACCCUCACGCAGAGUAGGAAGGCUGCUUCGGAUUUCAUUGAUGGGAUCAAAUGGCUUCUUGACGGAUCGACCAAGGGCUAA